GGGCAUUUCCAAUUUGAUUCCCUUUCUAGGACAAAUCAAUUGGGUGUUUUCAGACCUCCUUGCGCUCUUUUCUGUAAUCUGUACCUCGUUUAAGAACUGUUCUCUCUAAUGGACUCGUCAUUUGGUCCCUCUCUUCUGUAACACUGUCUCAACACAGUACCUUCAAGGGUAAGAGAGCUUUGCUUAAAGACGAAGCUUGUGUUGAUUGAAAAUGGGGUUGAUGCUUGGGACCAGACAAUCACACAAGGCUGGUGCUGGUUCUGGUAUAUCUACAAGAUGGGUCUCAGUGUUCUGCAUUGCUAGCUUCUGCUUGGGUGUUCUUGUUGUCAACAGGUUUUGGGUUAUUCCGGAUCCAGACAAAAUCAAUGAGGAGGCUUCAUCUGCGGAGAAACUCCAAUCAAGAGACCUUCAGCCUGUUGUUAAGUGCGAGAAGAAGGAGUCUUCUGUCGAGGCGGGGGAUAUCUUUUUUCAUGUUUCACAAACACAUGAUAUAAUCAUGACCUUAGACAAAACAAUCUCCACUUUGGAGAUGCAGCUUGCCGCGACUAGAGCUGCCAAAAAUGGUGAGGAGGAAGGAUCUCCAGUGGUUACAAAACCAGAAAAUGUGCAUUCGAUAGAGCGCCAGAAGGUUUUCUUUGUUAUGGGAAUCAUUACUGCAUUCAGCAGCAGAAAGCGCAGGGACUCAAUUAGAGAAACUUGGAUGCCUCAAGGAGAGGAUUUAAUGAAGCUAGAGAAAGAGAAGGGAAUUAUAAUAAGGUUUGUCAUAGGUCACAGUGCAACUCCUGGUGGUAUUUUGGAUCGUUCAAUUGAAGCUGAAGAUGAACAACACAAGGAUUUUCUGCGACUGAAUCAUAUUGAAGGAUAUCAUGAAUUGUCAUCAAAAACCCAAAUAUACUUCACAACAGCCGCUGCAAAGUGGGAUGCUGACUUCUAUAUUAAAGUUGAUGAUGAUGUGCACGUUAAUCUUGGUAUGGUUGGUUCUACUUUGGCCCGCCAUCGAUCAAAACCUCGUGUUUAUAUUGGCUGUAUGAAAUCUGGUCCUGUUCUGGCACAAAAAGAAGCCAAGUAUCAUGAACCGGAAUACUGGAAAUUUGGCGAGGAGGGGAAUAAAUAUUUUAGGCAUGCAACGGGACAAAUAUAUGCACUCUCUAAAGAUUUGGCCACCUAUAUUUCAGUUAAUCGACACAUACUUCACAGGUAUGCAAAUGAAGAUGUCUCACUGGGUUCUUGGUUUAUUGGUCUUGAUGUUGAGCACAUUGAUGAUCGCAGUCUCUGCUGUGGGACCCCCCCUGAUUGCGAGUGGAAGACCCAAGCAGGGAAUCCUUGUGCUGCAUCAUUCGAUUGGAGCUGCAGUGGCGUAUGCAAAUCUGUGGAGAGAAUGGAAGAGGUUCAUCAGCGCUGUGGGGAGGGUGAUGGAGCCAUCUGGCACACCAGUUUCUGACACACAUUUCUAUCAAUUUGUUGUAAUAUAUAUGUGCAUGUGAUAGAAUGAACAGUUCAGGCAACACCAUCUCCCCCAUUUUUGCUGAUUAAUUUUUUGGGGGACGGUGUAUCACUAAAUUAUAUACUGCAUAUAGAAGAAGCUCUCCAUUGAGGAAAAGUUAAUGAAAUUCUUUAGUUUCAUAGA